UCAAAGUGCCGUGUUUGGUUUUGCUGACGUUAUACCGUCCGAUAUUCUUUUAUCCAGCAUAAGCAGACGGUGAUUUGUUACAGGUGAUCAUGGCAAAAACUCCAGCAAAACACCGAAAAAAUGUGAAGCCAAAGCGAAAUUCUUCGUCGUCGCAACAGCACAGCGAUGAGCGUCCGGAAGUAUCGGGUAAAAAUCACUCGAAUUAUCAGUGCGCGUUAAUUUUUGUAAUACUAGCUACCGGUACUGUAGUGACGCUUGGCAUUGCUGUGAUAAUGCGUGCAGGUCCCGAUAGCAAUGUUCACAUCACUACUGAUGAUGCGGAGAUAAGCCUACUAAAACGACCAGACCAAAAAGAAUCGCACAGCUUACCUGAAAAGGCAGACAAGAAUGUCGGCACAUCUGAAAUAAAGGAGACAGAACACAGAACAAAUGGCUUAAAACAAUCCUCCGCUCACAACCAUCCGAAAGAAUUCCAGGAAACGAUCUUGAAGCAGCUGAAACCUCGGGAUAUCACCGUAGACGGAAGGCUUGUGAAGGUUCAGGAGUUGAUAGGCAGUAAAAAACGACCAGAAAAAGCAUCUAUUCGAGUGUACCAAUUCGAACACUUCUUGUCGGAUCAGGAAUGUGACGGUUUGAUGAGGGCUCACCUCCGCCAUGUGUCGGUGCAUUCGGAGGAUCCCAUCAUCUGCUUCGACUCUGUGGACACGCUGAGAAGACACCUACGAAACACACAAUUCAAAAACAUGAAAAUCACAAGCGAAGAUUUUACGGAAGGAACCACCUGUGUGAAUGCCAGUUUUUCUAAAGACUUGAAAUCCAUCCUCGGCUGGUCCACGAGCACUGCUUUCUACCCCGGAGAAACCAAGUUCACAUCCAUAUUUGAUGAACGUGUGUACAGAGCGACAGAACUCAAGCCAUCUAACGGCGGCAAAUACCAAAUCACAUCCUAUAGGAAUGGGAUAGGUUACAAAACUCACACGGACUGUACUAUCGGAAACAGAGACCUGCGAGACCGUAUGGGCACGAUCCUUGUAUAUUUGCAAGAUGUUGAGGAAGGUGGUCAGACUGAAUUUCCAGAGUUGGGCAUCAGUGUCAGACCACGUAAAGGACGAGCAAUUACUUGGAAUAACGAGGACAUUGACGGUACAUGUGAUCCUUACUCAAUCCAUGCAGCAAAGCCAGUCAUCAAAGGCCACAAGAUCAUUCUGCAAAGAUGGUACUAUUACCAGAAUUUCUACAUGUUGGGUAAGAGGCCAUCAUCAGAGCCGGAUCUACCAGUGCGUCAGGAGCUACAGCCUUACGUAUCAUGUGACGAGUAUGACCAUGGUAGCUGCCGUUGGUACGAUGAGUGGGGUUAUGAUCAUCUGGUUCAAUAUCGACAAGUCAAAAAACAGCUACAUUAACGACAAGGCGCUGCAUAGAGAAGACACCAGAUUUUGAUCAUCAAGUUUGGACAGAUAUAUACACAACAGGAACUGAAAUCGACCAACAAAUUUAAUUGGAGAGUUGAGAUCAUCUCGAAAUAAUGGUUCAUCUUAUGUUACUUUCAGAAAAACUGUACAUUAUUAUAAGGGUGGUGCAUGUAACAAGCCCUGUUGAAACCCGCGAUCCAUGGGUCCAGUGAAAAUGCUGGAGUGUUGUUACGACCAAAACCAUGUUACAUGUACUUCAUUUCUGUACAGUGAACUCUUUAAUCCUAACCCCCUAUAUGUAGGUUCGUGUUAGGUGAAAUAUAUUAAAAUUGGAAAAUUCAGGAUCAUGUUAAGGUUAAUUAGCCUUAGGCCUAUAAAACAAAUUGGGUCUUAAACGUGGAUAUACCACGACGGAAACAGUACAGCAGUCUUUUUCCCCCUUUUUGUCACAAUUCCCCGACUGGUCUGAAAUUACUAAAAUUCUGCAGACCGACUUAAGCUUUUGAAUCAUGAAUUAUUUUAGAGUCGCAAUAACAGUUCGCUCUCAAAGACUCGAAGAGAUAAUGUUCAGAACCUAAGAACCUUACAAAAUGGCCAAUGUAUUUCACUUUUGCAUUUGAUUCUAGUUUUAUUGGAAGUUAAUAUACACGUACACACCGUUAGUAUGAAUAUCACACUCAUGGCGUAACAUCACAUCAUGUAAAUGAAACCGUAAAUUACAAAUUAACGUAUAGACCUUAUGUAGAGCGGCCAUCUGAGAGGGCAUCUUUUGUUAUUUUAAUUCAGUAACAAUGAAUAGGCAAAAGUUCACUCAUAUAAUAUCCCAGCAAAACAAACGCAUUGCCCUCUAAAAUAGCUGUUACCUAUUAGGUCUACUUGGAUCAGUGUGUUUCCUCUUUUUUUUGGAAUGAUAUACGGGGUGGUCCAACAAACAAAAACCGCAGCCUCAUAGGCCUACUUCCAAUAUCCAGGGACCUAAACCAUUGAUAUGUAUAUGUAUGGCUAGGACAUUUUGUUAGAAGUAAAAUGAUACCAAGAACUCCCGAUUUAGUUUUGAUUCCAGCGCCAUAUUUGUGAACCAAAGUCAGCGGUUAUUUGGUCUUGGAUGACAAUGGACAUGUGAUGAUUCAGUAUGUACUGUUUGAAAUAAUGGACACCGGGAAAUGGGUAGGGAAGAGCCAAAAUGUGCUGUACAUGUUUUGUUAAGUUUGUUUGUUAUGUUCGGCCCAGUCUUAGCCGAGUCAGCAGCGGAAAAGCCAAAAUGUGCCAUACUUCUAUAAUCAGGUUCCCACGGAAAUCUGAGAACCAAAUGCCAUGACUUUUCCAGGACUUUCCAGGACUAAAAUAUGACAAUUCCAUGACAUUUAACGCCAUUUUGCAGA